AUGGAGCGGAUCGACGCCCUGAAGGCCCGCAGGGGCAAGCUCGCCGACGAUCCCUGCCUGAGGCGGCUCCGUAACCGGCGGCUCAUCGUCUCCCUCUAUCUCCAGGGAUUCCAGCCCGCCCACGACUGGAUGCUCCGCGAGACGGAUUUGUUCAUGAGCGGCCGGCAUCUGCAGCAGCUGGUGGCCUGCGGCCAGUGGAGGCAAGCCCUCGACUACAUCCGGCGCUUCCUGCCGCCGGCCAUAGGGGGCGUCGAGGCCCGCACCCUCUCUCUCUUCCUCCACGCCUUCUGGGCCGUGGACAACGCCGCCGCCUGCUCGAUGGGCGCCCCCGUCACCACCGCCGUGUACAACCACGACGUCCGCAUCCUGACCACCAUGUGCGCUAGCAACGUCAAGCUCUCUUCCAUCCUCAACAAGAUACACCACUCGCCCAAAUUCAGGGCAUCCCUGGACUGGAAACUGGUAAGGGAGAAGGCAUCGCUGAUUGCUGAUGACUUGGCGCUUGAUUCUCCAGAGUUGAGACGCAGGUUGCUACUGCCCCGCGACUUGCUUCCCAUCGGUCCCUGUCAUCGAAGGCACCACUUGAAGAAACAAGCCCUGCGGCCAGCAUCAUCUGCUAUUGCCAAGUGGUAUCUCAACAGGAAGAAGAGCCUGCCUUCUUUAACCCCAGUUAUCGGUUUGAACUCUGAGGGACAAAACCGGGUGGUGGAUCUUAUUGAGGAGUGUUUAAAAGCUGGUACAGUUAUGGAGCUCGAUCAAGGGCACCUACUUCAGUCAAGUGCGAUGGCAGGUGCUUUUAUUACUCCAUUCUCACAGACCAUGUUUGGUACGACAGGUCCUACUAAAAUCAGUGAAACUUCAUUCGUGACAAAUGCAGGUGCUCCAACUUUCACAGGUGAUUCAGUCUCACGGCCUGCUAAAAUCCCUUGGAUCAUAUCUUCCACAAAUGCAGGUGCCUUUAGCACUCCAUCUUCGCAGACAAUGCUUCAUACGACAGGUUCAACUAAAAACAUUUAG